AUGGCGUCCGGCCAGUCCGCCGAGCUUCCCAACCUGGUGAAUCUCAUCAAGACCUUGACACUGCCGCAAUUGAAAGAUCUCUUACGGAAUGAGGGUCUUCCAGUAUCUGGUUUGAAGGCCGCAGUACAACUGCGCAUCAUUGAUUAUCUGGAGCGCCUUUGUCAUUCAGAAGGGAACAGCGGCCGAUAUGAUACCUUAAAACGUCGCAUUCUCCGGACCGGCCUACCUGGGUCUACAGUCUUCCAGGCAGUACCAAGUCCACAGUUUCAACAGUCUCCUAUCUCGCACCCACUACCGGUCUCGCAACCUCGAUCUGCAUUAGGCUCUAUGUCACCCCACCCCCAUCCUUCAGGUCCGAUUGGCUUCAAGGAUAGUCCUUUUUUUACAGUCGUAAAAGCCCUCACACCGGUCAUUGAAUGCAAAGUUCGUGAGCAAACCAGGGAUAGUGUAGAACUCAAAGUUGUUCUUUCUCAAUCCAACAUUAACGACUUGGAGAAAGAUGCCAAUCUUCGGGUUAUGAUCUACUGUACAGCUGAUUCGGGGCUCAAGCAAUAUACCAAGUCAGACAUCGCCUUCCCUCACCAGGUGGAGCUGAAAGCGAACCUAGACGAAGUCAAGGCGAACCUUCGAGGCUUAAAAAAUAAGCCAGGGACCACCCAACCGGCAGAUGUGACGGCCUAUUUACGCAAGAAAAUCAAUUAUCCAAAUAACAUCGUGAUGACUUAUGCAUUGACCCAAAAGAAAUUCUUCGUGCUUGCCAACAUGGUUAAACAACAUCCGGUCGAGGAGCUUGUCGCCAAAUUGAAAUCUCGCAAGCUUAUUUCAACAGAGCAGGUGCUGCGAGAAAUGAAAAACCGCGCGGAUGAUUCCGACAUCGUUGCCACAUCAAGCAUCAUGUCUCUCAAAUGUCCUCUAUCAACCCUGCGCAUUCAGGUCCCUUGUCGCUCCGUGGUAUGCACACACAACCAAUGCUUCGACGCAUCUUCUUUCCUUCAGCUACAGAAACAAGCACCCACAUGGAGCUGCCCCGUAUGUGCCAAAUCGACCAGCUUUGAAUCUCUACAGGUUGAUCAGUACGUGGACGAAAUCCUCCAGUCCACUGAUUCAGAGGUCGACCAGGUUGUUGUGGAGCCAAGCGGCGUCUGGUCUAAGCUCGAUAACCCAGAAGCUGGCAAGCUGGGUGGAGUAACCCCUGGAACGGAUGAUGACGAUGAUCUGAUUGAACUCAGUGAGUCCGGAACUAGUAAAGUGAAGCAUGAACCUAUGUCUUCUAGUAUCGUACUGGAGCGGACACCCGCUCAGUCCCGAGAAACGUCAACCCCAUCCUCGAUGGCUCGUCUGUCCAGCAAGAAACGUUCCGCACAAUUUAUCGACCUAACCGGAAGUGAUGACGAUGAUGAUGAAUCUCCUGGCCCACCACUGAAACGGCCAGCAUUGAGCUUCACAGUUCAAGGAAUACCAGCUCAAGAUCCUCAUCAACCUGUUGCCAGCAGUCCUCUUAGUGGCCAGUCCUAUCCUCCAUCGCACUAA